AUGGUGGGUGAGGGGGUGGCAAGAGGGGGUUCCUCCUGCCCGCGUGCCCUUCAGUCGCACGCGCAGCUCCGCCCCCGCCCCCCUCCCCCCCCUCCAUGGGGAUGGCGGGGAGAGGGGGAGGAAACUUGGAGGUUCAGGGGGAGGCAGGAGGGGAUCUGCAGCACCAGGUCCCCCACCUUUCUCCUACCUCCCCCUGCUGCGGGAGCAGCAGAGGGGGGGAGGGGACCUGCAGCACCUGCCCCCCACCCCCGCCCCAACCCUUCUCCUCCAUCCCCCUGCUGCGGGUGCCGCAGUGGGGGGGAAGGGAUCUGCCAUCCCCCUGCUGCGGAUGCAGCAGUGGGGGGAGGGGACCUGCAGCACCAGCCCCCCCCCCCCCCCCCCCCCCCCCUUUUUUCUCCUCCACCCCUGCUGCGGGUGCAGCAGUGGGGGGAGGGGAUCUGCAGCAGCAGUGGGGGGAGGGGAGUUGCAGCAUCAGCCCCCCCCCCCCUUUUCUCCUCCACCCCUGCUGCGGGUGCAGCGGUGGGGGGAGGGGAUCUGCAGCCCUGUGCUGCCCUGCAGCCCUGCGCGCCCUAUGCGCCCUGCUAUCCUGCUGCCCUGCAGCCCUGUGCGCCCUACUGCCCUGCUGCUGCCGCUACAGCCCUUGCUGCUGCCCUGCAGCCCUGCUGCGCCCUGCGUGCCCUGCUGCCCUGCUGCCCUGUGCGCGCCCUGCUGCCCUCUGUGCAGCAGUGGGGGGGGGUAUGGGGGUGGCGGGUGUGGGUGCAACUGCGGGGUGGCGGCUGCCGCUGA